AUGCAGGUCACAUCUUCAAAGACUAUGAUGAUUGCGUUGUUGUUGUUUUGCCUUAUGGUUGUUACUGAAGAAACAAUUUCUAAAAGUGACAGAGGCAAAAAGAAAAAGGAAGUAAAGAUAGAAGUGACAGACAGAAAUGUGGUGGACAGGGGCCUGGUCACAACCAGCCCCAAAGUGAAAGACAUAAUUAAAGAACAUUUAUUACACUUUGACAGAGACAGGGAAGUGAAAAACUUUGAAGGAGAAACCCUGGCUUAUGUGACUCCGUGGAACAAUCAUGGCUAUGAUGUGGCCAAGCUGUUUGGGUCAAAGUUCAACUAUGUGUCACCAGUCUGGCUGCAAAUCAAGAGGCAGGCAGGAGGGACAUAUGUCAUGCAAGGCACUCAUGAUAUAGACAAAGACUGGAUUUCAGCAGUCAUUCAAGGACGAAAGACACAAAUGGUGCCCAGAGUACUCUUUGAUGGAUGGAGUGCUGAGGAUUUCAGUGCCAUGUUUGAAGAUGAGGACAGCAUUGAAGACUGCAUUGAUACAAUACUCAGCACAGUAAAGAGCUACAAGUGGUCUGGUGCUGUUGUAGAGGUCUGGCCACAACUUGGGGGCAAGCGGCGAAAAGAUCUCAUCCACUUUGUUAAUCACAUGGGAGAAAUGUUUCACGAAGCGAAGAAAGAACUCAUCCUAGUGAUUCCACCUCCUCUGUAUGCCAGGUCUUUUGAUGGUCUCAUCAGCAAGGAGGAUGUGGAUGCCAUGGCAGCAAAUGUUGACAGAUUCAGUCUCAUGACCUAUGAUUUCUCCAAUCCCAGCAGACCGGGACCCAACAGCCCCUUGAUGUGGAUACGAGACUGUGUGUUGGCUCUGGCUCCUGAGCAGGGUUCCCCUCUGAGAAAGAAGUUGCUUGUGGGAUUGAAUUUUUAUGGUCUUCACUACUUGGUCGGUGGUGGAGGGGAGCAUUUGAUCGGGUCACAAUAUAUUGACAUACUGAAGAAAAGCAAACCAUUCAUUCGAUGGGAUGAGAAUGUUGCAGAGCAUGUGAUUGAUUACAAAAACUCUGUUGGGCAACACCAGAUAUACUACCCUACCUUGAAGUCCAUUCAAGCUCGACUGAACCUGGCUAAAGAGCUGGGCACAGGAGUCUCCAUCUGGGAGAUUGGCCAAGGCUUGGAUUACUUCUAUGACCUGCUUUGA